AAUCUGGUUUUUGACUUGGUCCGUUUCUCCGACCUGGAUGGCUGACUUUGCUGAAUUCUUGUUGACCGUUCUCUUCCUGUUGACCAUUUCUGCUGCUGUUGACCAUCCAAGACAAGAAGACUCUUCCUCUCAUCGGCUCCGACUUUCCUCAUGCGCCCCACCACCCCCUUACCCCUCGUCAAUGGUCGUCCUCCGGGUGGUGGCAGUGGCUAUUCGACUCCAGUCGCCUCUGCUGGUCCCUCCUCAACUAUCUUCUCCUCACUGCUGGCAAGUCCUGACCCUCCUGAUGCGGUGAUCGAGAAACACAGGCUAUCGACUGCUCGUCGGCCAUUCAGCAUCCUCAGACCUUUCGCGGCCUACUUCUCCCCCUACCCUAUGCCACUCCCCUUCACCUCCCGCCGGCUCAUCUUACCAGUCCCGAACGUCUUCUAUCCCAACUAUCCGAAUCUGGCACCUCAGAACUAUCGAUCAAACCAUCCUCGUCAUUCCACAUUUGGUUCUCGUCGCUCGGCGGAUAAACGCUCCUAUCGACUCACACUCUUCUACGGUCUUAUUGCCCUGACGACGAUCCUGCUGGCCUUCAGUAAAAUUCGAUCGGCCAUCAGGAAAUCCACCCGGCGGAUCCCUUUACCUUUUCAAGACCCUUCCACGUUAAUCUUAAAUGAGCAGACGAUCCGCCGAGUUUGGGAGUGGGAAAUCAGUCAGGGCCAUUAUCCCUCCUCCCGGCGGACGCCGACCGUUGUUGGCCUUACUCAGGUUCCUAAUCCUGGCCUACCUCGUAAAUUAUCUUCUGGUCGGAAUUCGGCUUCAGAUCAGUCUUCGUUCAACCGUUUCGAUGAUCAUGUUGCUGUACCACCAACAAGGGUCUUGCAGCAGAACCAACUACGUGCACCUCCAUCUUUCCUAGACGAUAUCAUCCCGAUCGGCCCAACUAGGUCUUACCUGAAUAUCACUGCACCUCCGGUUUAUCAUUACAACCGAUCAUCUCCCACAUCACCACCUCUACCUUAUCCUCCUCGUCCGAUCCCCAAUGGCAUAAUUGAUUUAGACGUCGUUAUGGAUUAUUGUGACUUUUCGACCAACCAGUACGUGCGGGAUUGUCUGGAGAUUCUCAGAAUGGGCGGUGGCUUGGACGUCGAAAAACGGGUCAGGCGGGGAGAAACUGCACGAUGGCGUCACGUUUAUCAUGAGCAUAAUGAUGAUGGCUCUGUGCGCGCAGUUUCUACUAAACCACUUCCAGAUUACGAUCCUGCUUUGCAUAUACCAAUGGACGAAGAGCGUGGAGAACAAAUGAUCAAGGACCCGUCAUAUCAACCUAUCGAUGUGCUGUCCCUCCUCAAAUCAGAUGCUUAUCCACAAAAACUGAAAGAAAUUCAGAAACAAGUUCACAACACGGCAGAUUCAAGACGUAAAGCUUCGACCCGUCACCCUUCCCAUCCGACUGCAGAUCCGACUUGUGAUAGCGAUUACCCUAAGAUCUUUCACAUCUUUUGGGCCGGUCCGUUCACUGACAAACCUUAUUUGGCGCUAUCUUCAUUUCUAUUCACUCAAAAUCUCGGCCUCCAUCUGCCCCUCGCAGAGCCCCCUAAGGGCGCCAAAAUGACUAAAGAUGAACAAGAAAACUUUGCACGUCGAUCCAAAUUCCUAUCAGAAGUUUGUCGCCCGCAGAUGUGGGUUUGGAUCAACCCCGGACCUGCAGCUGCCAUCCCGAAUCCGAAUGCUAGGCGAGAGAUGUUUGACGACUUGAAAGACAAUCCAUGGAGUGCACCCUUCCUGCAUCCUCGGUUUAGGGAAGUCAUCAAAUUCAAGAUGUGGAACACGACCGAGCAACUUGAUGGGGUGCCUGAAUUGCGUGAUCAUUGGCGUGAGCUACCUUUAUUCAAUAGUGGAGGGGUCAAAUAUGGAUCGGCACCUGCCGCACCGGUCAAAUCUCACCAACACGGUCCUACAGUAAACGCCAAUGGCCAAGUGAAAGCACCCGUGAAGAUCGGGAUCGUCGUUCCUGAAGAAAAGGCAAAGCUUGCAGACAAAGACGGAGAUGGCCAAGGUGAAGCCCCAGACGUAGUCGAAGAAGAGCUUGGUCGAUUUGGAAAUCAUACCCGUGGAGAAGCAGCUGUUGCCGAAGACAUGUCGGCACCGGCAACCAACCCACAACCAGAGGCUGCUGCUUCAGCACCAUCCCCUGCAUCUUCAUCGACGGUGACCCCAACGACCAAGAAGAGUGACGAUGAACUCUUCCAGCGGGUUGGAUCUACCUCUUCCAAAGGUUACGAUCGGUUGUCUGUGGUUCUGUCAGAUAUGGCCCGCUUCGUACUCUGCCAUCGGUUCGGGGGAAUUUAUCUGGAUGCUGAUACUAUCUUGCUAAGAGACUGGGAAGAAAUGUGGGGCUGGAGGGGUCAAUUCGCUUACCGAUGGAGUCGAUUAGAGAAGUAUAAUACCGCUGUUCUGAGGCUUCAUAGACACUCUGCUGUUGGAAGCUUUCUAUUCAAAACGGCGCUAGCUAACGGAUUAGAUUUUCAUCCUAUGACCAUUUCUCGAUAUACAAAGGAUGCUUACCUGGAUGGCCUACUCUUGCGAUUACCCGACGCGUUGUUCGACUCAGCAUGGUUGAAUACUGAAUACUAUCAACGUGACCGACCGGCAUUCCCAUACUUUAAACGGUUUGAAGACUUUUUUGAUCCCCCAAGAGAGACUGAUGCUGGUCCAGCCGCGAUCGGUUUCGAUGGAUUCUUCCGGGGCGCAUUUAGCUAUCAUUUUCAUAACUUUUGGUGGAUCCCGUUUGAUCCUUCACGAAACUUCCCCGACCUCGGAUCGAGGUUCGAGCACGGCGAGCGAGUGACCCGAGCAAAGGCACUGGCGGCCAAGCAGCUCAGCAGUAAGGCCAAAGGCAACACGGGUGACAAGAAGAGCGAGGGUAGUAAUCUAUACGGUGGACAUCAGACGAGAGAAGAGCUGGAGGAAGACUUGAUCAGAACGAUCAAGCUUGACCAGGAUGACGUGGCCGACGAUGAACGCGACUUGGGCUGGGCUACUGUUUUAAAGAGGACGUUUGAGGCCUAUUUGCGGUGCGAAAGACCUAAUAUGUAUGGUGAAUGGAUCGAUUGGGCUGACAGACAAUCAUGAUAAUUUAGUACUACUAUUUUGAGUUAAGAUUUCAUGAUGAGUGGAAUCAACAACAGCAACGAAAAACAAAGAAGCAACAUUUCUGCUUCAAAGAGCGCAUGAUUUCUUUCCUACCUCAAAUCCAAAAUUUUCAAUUUUCUCCUUUGUCCUACUUCCUAAUUUUUGCUUCUCUUUUUUUCUUCUACAAAAAAGCCCAAUGAUUCAGAAGCAACUCUCCGUUUUCUUAUCAGUCUCCAAUUGAUCAAAUUUCGCAACCAAAACAAAGCAAAUUUUCUGAAAACAUGAGCAGCUCAUAAAGAGACAUGAAUGUUUGGGAUAAGAGAUCCAAGUCAAUAAUUUGCAUACAAG